AUUAAAGUAAAAAAAAAAAAAAACUAAAUAACACUUUAAUUAAAACACAAAAGGGAAAUUGUGUUAUUUUUUUUAUCAGAGGACACGUAGCCUUAGUUACGGAGAAUCAAAACUACAAUUAAAAAUUUUCUAUAAUAUUUUUUUUUUGCUUGAUUUUUUCAAUUUAUUAAUAUCAAUUUCAAUUUUGGAACAAAAAUUAUAAAUAAAUUAAACUAUCCCUACAAAAUGACAACAUCGGAGUCUCAUAGAAUACUCGAUAGGCCAACAGUUGCUACUGAUUUUCUGGAGAAAAUCCAUUGUCUGAAGCAUCUUUUGUCUAGGGAUUUGAUUGCCUGCGAUGCUAAAUGGACGAUCUUUGUUUCGGCUGCUUUGAGUUAUCGUUAUGAGUCUCAGCUCAAACCAUUCCCACCGAGAUUUGAAAAUGAACAAGGAGGUUGUAAUAUAGAAACGUUGGUGGCUAUUAUCAACGAAACACCAAAGUUAAAGAUUUUAUUGAAAAAUAUUAUUGAUGAAAACUAUGACGAAUUGGACACCGAAGUUGUGGAAUUGAUUUAUUGGGUGCUUGUCACAUUGAGGGAUCCAUAUUUAAGGAGUGUUGAUAGCGAUGAGUACGAUAGCAUAAUGUCGAAAAUACCUCAAAAGACCGACGCAAUCUAUCCUAGUCACAUAUUUGCCCUAUGUCCAACAACAACUUCAAAAUCCGAAGAAGUCUUCCAGAAGGAAAAGGCAGAUUUUCCAAGUAAAUUUGCUUUCCACGGCAGUAAAUUAGAUAGUUUCUAUUCGAUAAUCAAUCAUGGAUUACAUCAACAUAUGUGCAAGAAUGGUCUUUUUGGUGAUGGUGUCUACUUAUCAUCCGAAUUAUCUGUAAGCAUGGGCUAUAGUCCAUUUGGUGCUGGUUGGGGUGCUUCCAACUGUGGUGCUAUGCUAUCAUGUGUUGCUCUUUGUGAAUAUAUUGAGAAUCCAAAUCAUGUAAAGUUCAAAGAAGAUGAAAAACACAAAACUGAUAUUCCCAACACUUACAUUGUGAUAACAAAUAACGAUGUGGUAAGAGUAAGAUAUCUCUUGUUCUACGGGCGACAAUUUCCUGAUGAAAAUAGUGCACGAAGUGUUAUUGUCGAUUGGGUUAGUCGUAAUCGUUAUACACUGUCUUUGGUGUGCUACACAUUGUUCCUGGCAUCAAUUGGUCUGGCAAAUAGUGGAAAUGGUUUAUAUUUGCGCCAUGUGAUUACUAAAAAGGCAACAUAUGCCAUGGGAAUUCUUAAGAAAUUAUUAUUAGGGGAUACAUAGUUGUAGAAGUGGCAUGGGUUUGAGGGGUUCGGUGGGUGCUUAGUCAUUUUAUCCUAUCAUAUAAUAUCGAGUUUUAGUCAAAUUAAAUACACAUAUAUUUAUCUAUAUGUCUGCAUACCUUUAUUUUAUAAAUAAAUGAAAAAUUAACAAAUAA